AUGUUAUUCAACGAAUUUCUCUCAGCUCACUGGCAAAACAUGAACACCUCACCAGUCUGCUUUGGCGCAAAGAAUAACAAGUUUGGCAAGUUCCGUGCUCCAUAUGGUGGAAAACUGGCAGCUGUAAAACUGGUUUAUCUGCAUGGCUACGUCACCUGCGCCGUAAAUUCGCCAACCCCUCUGUGGUCCUUUUGGGGCUGCGGUAACAAGCCUUCUGUCAUAAACCACGUCAAUGUUGUCAUAAAAACAUCAUCCAAUAGCAUCAUUUUACCACCGAGUCAGUUCUUUACUCUUGGAAGAGGGAAGUAGUCGGAGAUUCCCGGAUACAACUCGUUUUCCCCCGCCGGAGAUCAUUUUGUCUUUCAUCUCUGGCAGUCACUCAGUGCAUGCGGGUGAACAUCUACGUUUGUGGUACGGCGAAGAUUACUUGAACUGGACGGAAGGCGACAACGAUGGACGAGUCUGUUGCGAUGUUUACGCCCUAUACGUCGAGAAUUCAUUUUAACCAAAGGUUCAGGAGAGUUUUAAAAAGCUUAAAAAAGAGCCUUAGUGACGUUCACUUUCAAGCCUUCGUAAUGUAAUGGAUCUGCUUUCGGUGAUUAGCGCAGUUCUAGGAAUGUUCGUUAGCUAUUACGAGUUAAAAUCGUGACUUUUUCGUCAAAUUGCAAAUAGCAACAGUUAUAGGUUUUGCAGUCUUUUCUCAACCUUUUUGCACAAAUGUGUGGAUUACAGUAAGCGAGAGUUUUUUUGUUGUUGCUAUUUUUCUGUAAGAAUUAAACGAAAAGUGAGAAAAAUAUGAGUUCACUGUUACUGUUUGCCGUUCCCGCCAAUCUCCAGGUUAAACUAACAUUCAACUUUAAAAGUUUAACUACAUAAUUCAGACCGUUCCUCAACGUGACUGGAACUUAAAUCUCUUUAUUAAACUAGAUAACUUAAAAGUUAUAUUGUUCAAUCUCAUUUGUCCAUGACUCCUCCAAACAAGGUGGCCUAAAAAGUUGGAGCCCUGAGCUGGGUUGUUCAAGAUAAACCAGGGUUAGUGUGAAAUCUGAUUUCAGUUCUGGAAGCUAUAAAAGAAAAUGUAAUGUAGUUCUUUUUGUCUAGAAUUUGAUUAUUGGAUACCCUAAAAAGAACAGAGAGAAUGACUCAGAAAAGGCAUUUGAACAAAGGAAUAAAGAACUCCUGAUUAAGAUUUAACCUUGGGUUAGCACUAAUCGGCCUUCAAACAACUGAGCCCUGGAUUCUGGUCUGAAUGCUUAAAGUUUGAUAUUCAGUUAAGUGAGAGCACUGCGUGUCAUGAGGAAAACGAAACGAAAAGGCGGUGUGGGGGAAGGGGUUAGGCUCUCGUGGACUAUCAUUUCGUUUAAAGGGGGGUAACAAACAAGCCGAAGGUUGAGUAAGCAAAGCAGCAACUUCCCUUUUUAUAACUGUACUACUGACUACCAAGCUUGUUCAAAUAAAAUUUAGCUUGAAAACAAGUUUUCUACAUGCUACCGAUGCGAUAUGAAUAAUUGACGCUAUCAGAAAACCGUAGCCUGCGUGGCCAGGCUGCUAAGGAAGGAAAGAGGGUAGGGGUAAGAAGGUAAAUGGGACUGGAGAAACUCUCAUACUCUGCUAGUAACGACUGAUCCCUCCUCCGUGUCCCCUGAAAAUCAUGUGAUCCCCACCUCCCCCCCGAAAAAAACCUCCAACCCCCUCCUCCAGGCGAUAAAUAAUUACUGGUUCCUGAAACCUUUAACUCCUCAACAGCAAUUCUCUUUACUGUCUGCCAUAUAGUUCUUGUGAUAAUAGUUUGGAGAAUUUGGUAUUGCAUCAACUAAUUAUCCCCCGUUAAUAUUUUUUCAUUAUUCUCAUUACUUUUCUGCCUGAUAUUGUAUUGAUAUUGUAGGGAGAAAUUCUGUCUUGGUCACUCGUGGGAAUUAAAGGGUUAGGCCUCCUCAGCACAGCUACAUGUGACAUGAUGACUUUGGCAGGCCACAAAGAAGACGGUGUGGGGGAAGGGGUUAGGCUUUCGUGGACUAUCAUUUCGUCUAAAUGGGGGUAACAAACAAGCCGAAGGUAGAGUAAGCAAAGCAGCAACUUCCCUUUUUAUAACUGUACUACUGACUACUGAGCUUGUUCAAAUCAAUUUAGCUUGAAAACAAGUUUUCUCCAUACUAACAAAUACGAUAUGAAUAAUUGACGCUAUCAGAAAACCGUAGCCUGCGUGGCCAGGCUGCUAAGGACGGAAAGAGGAGAGGAGUAAGAAGGUGAAUGUGACAAGAGAAACUAAAUUUUUUAUGGUCUCCUCCUUAUAUUCUGCUAGUAAUGAUUGAUCCCUCCUCCGUGUCCCCUGAAAAUCAUGUGUUCCCCACCUCCCCCAGAAAAAACCUCCAACCCCCUCCUCCAGGCGAUAAAUAAUUACUGGUCCCUGAAACCUUUAACUCCUUAUUAGCAAUUCUACUGUCUGCUAUAUAGUUCUUGUGAUGUUAGUUUGGAGAAUUUGGUAUUGGAUCAACUAAUAAUCCCCCAGUUAAAUUUUUUUACUAUUCUCAUCACUUGUCUGCUUGAUAUUGUAUUGAUAUUGUAGGGAGAAAUUCUGUCUUGGUCAUUCAUGGGAGUUAAAGGGUUAGGCUUCCUCAUUACAGCUACAUGAGACAUGAUAACUUUGGCUGGCCACAAAAAAGGUUUUUUUUGUUGGUUUUUCUCUUAUUUUCUCGGACGUAGUGGCUUUAAGUUCCUUCUGUUGAUUGUCAGAAGGUUAUAACAAGUUACUGGCUAAAAUGAUCAUGUGAAAUGCUCACAGUUGAUAUGUCACUCCCCGUGUCAUGACAUACGAGCACGUCCCCUUUUCUCUACAGAUAAAGACCAUGAUGGGUAAAUUGAAAUUAGAGAAGACCAGCGUCUGUGCUAUUUCGUACUUAGGCUCAGCUCUCGCUUUAGGUCACUGUCUGAAAUGUGCACCAUGCAGUUCUCACAAAUGGCUUGUCCGCAUCUUUGGGUCAUAGAGCCGCUUUUAAUCACUUGACCAUUUGUGUAACCAAAAGUAGUACUUUUUGUGCCGGUUACUUGGAAUUUCUUGGGUGAAUAAUCAUUGCCAAGAAAGACCUAACUAAAAGAUAAACGGGAGAAAAAUGGAGAGCAUGCAUGUCAGGGCGUUUCAUUCACUCCUUUGAUAACCUUCUAUUUUUCCCGCUUCCUAAGCAAACCCUUUAUAAGCCAUUUGUCUGUUAGCUUCGUCAGUGAGCCGCACGCAUAACCGCAAGCGGACUCUGUUUGUACCCAGGUCCGAUCCUUAUCUUCUCGGUCGUAUCCGCCAUUUUGUCCCAGUGGUUUGUGUCGCCUUCGAACUCCGCCUUUGUUCACAAAUUAUUUCGUGUCACCGCUUUUAAGCUAUCUUCAGUUGUCUCGCUUUCAUCGUUUUGCAGAUGAUGGUGGAAACGCGGAAAAAUUAUAGCCGUUAACAUGUGUUCAAGUGGGUUUUUUGUCUCUGAUUUUAGAUAUAAGAAUCAUCAAGAAAUCUUUCUAUAUUCUUGACAGAUACACGUCAAUAACAGUAAAAACUUAAAAAGGCAGAUUUUACCGUGAAUGCAUAGCAGAAUGUUUUUGUCAACACUUUAAUGAUUACCAGAGGCGGAGACGCUUGAAUGAGUCUUGUCCAGGGGGCCCAAUUGUUCCGAAAAUAAUUUCAAAGAGCAAUUACUCAGCAUUUGACUACCACCAAUAACUAAACCACAAAAACUAAUUAACAGUCUUAUGUAGUUGCUUUAUUACUUUUAGAACUAUGAAUACCUUUGGUCGCUUUUUCAGAUCCAUGAGGCUUUAUCUAGAUAUAGGCUAUUCUAGUUUCUAAUUAAUUUGUUAAACUUAUGAAGAAAAGUACCAUUGGCGCUGGAUAAGAACUGAAGUAUUUCCGAACUUUGAAGCAUAACAUGUUUGCGUGUCCAAACCCUAUGAACACACGAGAUAUUUUGGAAUUUCUUUUGUGUAGCGGCCGCGCUGGAUCAGCGACUUUUUCAGAUUAUUGCUCUUAAAAUGGCCUUUGAAGCGCCUGCACGUGAUAGUUAUUUCUUUCACAGUGGAUGCAGUUAAUUAAGCUUGGGGGCAAAUUACUAUAAUGAUGAAAAAUAUACAGAUCUCAUUUACAGAGAGUCAAUGCAAUGUCAGGUAUAGACAUACACUAGCGAAAUACUUGGAACUAAGCUGUUAUCGUUAUAAACUGAGAUAUAUCGAAGAAAAUGAGGAGUACAAUGAAGGAUUAACCCAAUGGACCGUAGGAAGUAAACUGUUUCAUUCUCACAAGGGAAAAACCCCUUCUUUUGUCCCUGCUAAAAUCAAUCAUUCGAAGACAGUUUCCAGACAGAUGGCGACUAAUGUCAAAUUGAAUUAAGAUAUAUAUAGGAUUCAAUAAGAAUGAGUUUUAUCUAGAUUAUGCUGUUUUGACAAUGCAAGGAAUGAGAAGGAAUGGGUAGGAGUGAUAUAUUUCAAUGAGAUACAACAGGGAGUAGAUGAAAAUGAACCGAAAAUUUAGUAACUGUCUCGCCACCUUUUAUUCAGAUAACUUUGUUUAUUUUCAUUGAUCCAUAAAUAUAUGUUAUUUGCCCCCAAAUAAAAAAGUUAUGCCUCGUACCUUCCCUAGAUUGCGAUAUAUCUUUCACUAAGAUUCUAAGUCGAACUUGUCUGGUUUCUAUUUAUUACAGCUCUAUUCAAACAAAGCUCGCCUGUUGACGUAGCAAUCGCCGAAAUAUCGACAUAGGUAUAAUUUUACACUUCUACCUAAUUCCAACAGGUUGUUUCUUAGAACUUGUUGCUAUUUUCGAUUUAAUUUAUGUAAGGUAUAAAGUAUGGUGACGUCAUUUUUCAAAUAAUAUAACACUUGACAAUUUGCCUCCAAAAGAUAUACAAAAAAGAAACCCUUAGAUUGUUGAUUCUCACAAAAAAUCAUAGAUGGAAAAUAAGUACUAUUCUUAUCUAUUGAAAAAAUGUCAUGCUAAUUAAUUAGAAUAAACAGCCUAAAUAUAAAAUUGAGCAGUGCAAUGAUUCGUAUGAUAAUCUAAGCAAUUAUUGAAAAUAGAAGAGAGAUGGUAAAUUUUGAGCUCGGUAAGGAAUUGGAGAAAUAUGUUUAUUCGUCAUGUCACGAGAGUGGGACAAAGAAAAAAUAAGUCCCCAUGAGGAAUCGAAUCUCAGACCUUCGGAUUCUGCGCUCCGAUGCUCUACCUCUGAGCCACAGAGACUCUAUGGUGAACGACGUCUAUUACGAAGUUCAAAUGACACGCGUCCUGCAUAGUGCUAGGAUUAGUAAUGUCGAUAGCGUUAUCUUUUUAAAUAGGUUCACAAACAUGACCUUAUGUCCCCUCAUGGGGACUCGGAAUUUUCUCUUUGUCCUACGCUCGUGACAAGACGAAAAAACAUCUUUCUCUACACAAUUCUUGUUCACGUCUAAUAAUCUUAAGUUGUGAAGGCCCUUUCGAAAAUUAUCAUGGCAUUAAUUCAGUAUUAAAGUUAGAUGUAUGCCGUUCUCCACCUGAAAUUUUCAGAACUAUUAGGUCUUUACCUCCUUCAUUUUCUAAAGCACAAAGUAAAUAGUUGGCUGGUUACUUGAUUGAGCAAGAGACCGUUUAACGGUUUAAUAACGUAAGAGAAUUUCUGAUAAUUUUUCAAGUGAGUCCUCCUUGUAUCCCUAUUAAAGUUGUACACUAGAGACAAAGCCGUUAAGUACGCCUUUUUUAUUCCGCAAAAGUGACGACUUAGGUACGGGUUAAAAUUUUAAAGAAAAAAGCCCUUUUUGGUACUAAAGUGUGACCGUCUUAAAGCUGUAAGCAGACCCUUGAUUGAUAUUUAAAUUUUAAAAUUGAAUUCAGCAGUGUGGGAAGCAAAUGAAAGUAUUUACGAGGAAAAUCAUAUGAAAAAACUAGAGGAAUCUCCAUAGUUCAAUAACUGUUCUAAUCUCGUACUCAGAUCCUACCGUGUUAUGAAAUGUUGGAUCCUUACCACCGCUUGGCUGUGAAAGGUCUGGGAACGAGACUGUAAAUGUUAAAUAAUGUUGGCCGCGACGACCAUUGAUUACAUGGCUUUCUUGAUAUGUACAGAAGUUAUACAUAUAAUUAAUAUAUUUGGACUUGUUCAAUCAUUCUUGCUAUUUAUUCGUUGAUUAUAUCGUCUAUCAGCCAUUAGAGUAUUUAUCCUUCCCUUUGAAUAGGUAUUUAAAGAACAAUUCUUUUGAAAAACUAACAACGCAAUUUAAUAGAUAGAUAUAGCAAAUUAUUUAUGGUAAAACUUUAUAACUAAUGCCCACUCUAUAGAUUCACUUCCACUUUUAAAUCGUUCCCGCUUCUCAGACGGACCUUUCCUCGGCUGAAAUGAAACGAAAAAAAAGUUUGGUUAUAACUAUUUUCUUGUGAUAAGAAAAAUAUUAAGAAUUGCUGUUGAAUAGUUCGAUAAGUUUGUACUGUAAAUUCCCUCAGAAAUCGCAUAAAAAUGGACUGCAGUGUAUGCUUUCCUCUAUUCAGUUAUUCAUGAUCACAUGGUGAAGGUGUCCUCCCGGCUGUCUUUCAGCGUUAGUCCGAAUCAGAAAAAGGUAUCAGGUAUAAAAAAAAAAAAGUUUGGAAAAUCUCUCAAUCCUCGGAUGCACAAGCUAACUGAUGUCCCGUCGGGGAAUAAAGGGGUUUGGAUGGAAAAUAUAUUCAUUUCUGUUUGCUUCAGAAGUUUGAAAAUAUAUUUUCGUCAAUUAAGAUGUGUGUCUUUGUGACGGUUGAUGGUGAGGAACUCAAGGAUAUGAGAGUGCAGCUAAUCUCUUUUACCUGUUUCUGGACAAUAUAGGCGUCGACGACUUUCUUUGCCGUGUAUCAUUCACUGGCAUUUUUCAAACGUCUAAAUAGUCCAGCUUUUGGUGAAAAAUUCGACUUCCACAUUUUAUUUUGAAUAUUUGUGGUGCUUCGUUCUCACAACUUAUUUUAACAUUUUGUCAUAUGGGAAACCACAGUUUGAUUUUGUUUUCAGCUCUACGCAAUAUUUUCAAAAUCAAAACUAGCGGAACCUUUUUUCAAUUUUUAAAGCGAAAUUCAUCAAAAUGAUCGCUGACUAAGGAUUCGUGAUCCUCAAAGUCAGUUAUCGUAAACAUUCAACUUAAUCAGACGGUGCAUUGUCUUCAUGGGUCAAUGAUUAUUUUUAAAGCAAUGUUUCUAAGAUAGAUUCAUCUAAGUUUUGUUAACAAAGAUGAAGGAACAGGAAUAUCAAAUGAAUUACACUAUCUGGUGUACGAUAACGCUAACGCUAACGAUAUGUAUUGCUUACACAUUUUUGCCAUACGUCUUUAAGCUAGCUUUGAGGCGGUUCACUCGCAGAGGAAGGGCUGCCGCGGUGGAAAACGACGAUCAUAGCAAUGUCAUAGAAGGUAAAUCUUUGUUAAAGCAGUGUUUCAGUUUUAAGCAUGCGAGGAAGAAAGUCUAAAUACCUCAAAGAGCCUCCAGGUAGGUUUAAAUAUGAGUCUCCACCAAACUAGUGGGUUCAGUACGAUUGCAGAAACGAAUUUCUUUCAAUUGAAGGCGUCUAGAGCAAUUGCAGUAUAUUUUGUAUGGAUAGAAUGACGGACUGCUGAACUUCAUCGCACUGAAUUAAAACUUAAGCAUUAUGUUGCCUAAAUGUUUCAAAGUCGCCAAAAUAAUGAUUUCUAAAGAAACAUGGUUCAUCCUAUGGAUCAAGGCUUUUUUAUUCGACUGUUUAGUCGAAUGAAAAUGGAAAUUAUUGCUUGUAAACAAUGUUCGGUUUAAUGCGUUUUGAUAUAACUAAUCGUUCCUUGUUCCGGCUCACCAUAAUAAAUUUAUAUCUUUUACCAUACCUGCCAUGAUUUGUCACAAAAGAGCAUAUUCAAAGCUAGGAGCAUCGCUAGAAAUUGAUAUCUCUACCAAACUUUCUAGAAAUUGAUGUCUCCACCAAACUUUCCCCAUUGAAAGAAGCUAUCGAGCAUACAGUGAUUUUCUUUGUCUAUUUCAGUAGUGUAACGUUAAAAAAUAGUAGGUUUAGUCGUGAUAUGAAGGAGCACAAGCAUCCACGACCAAUCGUGCGAUUUAUUCCAUCGGAGCUCCAUUCAUUAAACUGUCGACAAGCUGCACAUAACCAGUGUGUAAUCGUUUCUAAGGACGCGCGCAAUGGAAUGCCGGGAAAUAGUAACACCUAAUAGAAACUGCUUCAUUUUUAAAAUUUCUAUUGUCUGCUUGCAUUUUGCGGAGGUAAGCUCCAAACGUUCUUAGAAAAGUUUCUGUAGAACUUCCUCUUCGAUAUAUCCCACUCAAAGUUGCGGUAAGAGAUGUGAAUUAUGUAUCGUGAUUCCACCCGUGUAAGAUCACAACAUUGGAGUUUUAUUACAUGCUUAAUUCAAAUUCGCAAACUUGAUUCCUCAGAGAUAUUCAAACCUUUUUCUUUUUUUUCAUAAUUUGUCGCCUCUAAAGCGACUAGUCUUUAAAUGUGCAUUUGAUGCUGGAUUUUUUUCUGGUAAAUUCAAUAUGGCCAGCGCUGGAAUGAAAGCGUGGGCAUCAUGGCUUUUAAUAUCCUGUUCAAUAUUUUGCUAAAAAAAUUACAUCAGCUUGUCUUUGUGCAGUAAACUACUGUUUGAGAUUGAAAUUAGCGUUAACGUUCUAUCUUAAUGUGAUUUUACCGGAACAAAUACUUUCAAUGUACUUCUGGACUCCAGAGUGCAUCAGUAUGAGCCGAUUAGAAGUAAAACUCGAACGUCUCUAAACAACGUCACGUGGCAACGAAAUUUUCCAUGUUGUCUUUAAACACCAGCUUUUGCCCAAUAUUAUUUUUCCAGCCGAUUUAUUUAAAAAUUUUAUGCCUCUGUGCUUUUUUCUUCCUAAUGCCUGGUGGGCACGGAACAGAGUUCGUGGAUGUCAUAUGUGUCUUGCUAAACAUAUAAUCGUUGAACGAGAUAGGUCGCUCAGUUAAUACUAUGCGCCCAAAAAUUUACAUCAUUGUAUUUAUCAAAUAAUCAAUUAAAUAACCAAAGCAACACUGAAUAAUUAACUUCGCAACAUUUCUGUCACCCUAAACUUGAGCAUGUGCUAUGAAUUUUAUCUGAAAGGUCAUGUAAAUAAUCAGUGUUUUAGAUCAUUUUAACGCAAUUGACACCAUAAUUAGUAAUAAUAUCAAUUUCCAUGAUUCAGACUCUCCAAACACAUCGUCGUUAAUCAAGUUGUCAUGUCACAACAGUAUAGAGGCCACGUGGAGCCCAACAACACCAUGCUUAGAAUAUUAGAGAAUUUUGCCGGUCAUUUCCUUUACUUCUACAGCUGUUCCACUGUAACGCUCACAAGAAAGACAUUUUAUAUCUGUUGAAGUGCUGGUUAGAAGAGAAAUUUGAAUUGUCCUAAAAUGACUUAAAUUUACCUAUAUUUCUAGCGUUUUUUCGAUCAUAUUCUGCUGUUUACAGAUAUUGUUUAUACAUAAUGUUUUAUAGGUUUAUUUUGAGUUUUGUCUCUCAAAAUGUUUUAUACAACACCAUAUUUUUCCUUGAUGUCAAUCAUGAUUGUUUGAUAAUAUAAAACAUACAAAUAAACACGUCACGAUUAAGCAGUAGACCGUACUUUCUAUCACUUUAAGGCAUAAUAACACACGCAGAUUGUUGGGAGAAUACGAGAAAAGUUUGGGUUAUUACGCCGGUAAACCGAUAGAAAGUGUGAUCCAUAGCUUUCAUAGAAUAAACUUCAAAUGUCUACGUGUUUAACGAUGCAAUAAACGAUAGGUUUUUUUGAUCAAUCAGGGCGUUCGUACAAUCUCAGUUAUUUUAUAUUGUUUAAUGAGUGGUGACAUGAGCAAAGAAAAGAAGCGCGCACUUGUCCAAGAAAGAAUGCGUCACAACAACUAGUUCUUAAACUGAGAAGGUACGUACGCAGUUUUCAUCUCAUCUAGUAAAGUAUUGAAAACUAGCGCAGUGGGCUGUUUUUAAAGUUCAUUUCGUGAUGUGAUUAUGGGUUCAUGAGUCAAGUUAACAAAAAAUUGCCGAAGGUAGACGGUAUUGUCAAAAAAUGCUAAAACAUUUUAGUGCUCGAAUCACCAUGUAGCAUACUUCACUAAUUUAAUUGGACGAAACAGACUAAGUUGCAGUAAAAUGCCGCCAAGGAACAUGGUUGACUUGAAAAGAAAGCGGGCAGAAAAGUGGACUGAAAGCUAAAAGUUACGCUCGACUGACUUUCUCAUGGGCUCCUGCAUAUAAUUAGUCAUUUAGUUUCCCUGAGAAUGACAGUACUUCUUUUGACGUGAAUUAAUUUUAAAUACAUUUUUUUGUGGGCUUACAGCUGCUUAUGGAUGCUUUUGAAAACAUUACGUUUGUUGGUGGACAAUGAAACGAAUUAAUGCAAACAGCUAUUGCAUUCCAUUCUAUCUCACAUUUCACCCUCACAGCCACGCAGUUAAAUCUACUUUCUUAGAAAUUUUAAAUUACUCCAAAAAGAUUAGAUACUGGUACUACCUUUUCGCAACUUCCACUUACUUUUUUUCCAACGUGAGAAAAACAUAGAUAAAUUUUUUGUCAGAAGUUCAUUUCAAACCAGUGACCAACCUGAAAGUUUUGAAUGCGCUUGCGCACGACGCAAAAGUAACGUAGAGAAAAAGUCGGAACUCAAGAGAUCCACGAAGAUCACUGAUCACUGAUCACUUUACGUGCACCUCUGCUAAUGACAUUUAUUGCAUAACUUGCACUUAUUGCAAAAAGUUAUACAUUCGUGGAACAGGAAGACGACUGGGUGACCGAUUCCGAGAACACCUUCGAAUUCGCGACGUAGAAAAAAAUGACAAAGACGCAUCCCAACCAGUCAGUAGACACUUUAAUAUCCGUAAUCAUUCUAAGAAGCAUAUGGCAGUUUGCGGCCUUUCUUUACGUCUAGGCAGUUCGGAAAGCUGCACUCUUGUGUCCACUGAUCCACAGAGACUCUACAGUAAGCGAGGUCUAUUACGAAGUUUAGACUUCAUAAUAAAGUCUCUGUGGUUCAGUGGUGGAGCACGGAGUCCGGAAUCCAAAGGUCUAAGGUUCGAUUCCUCAUGGGAAUUUUUUUCAGAAUUUUCUCUUUGUCCCACGCUCGUUACCAUCAAAAACAUUUACAUUUUUGUACGUGUGUAUGUAUGUUAUACCAAAUAGUGCUUGAAGAACUUUGUCGUCCUUUUUUAUACAAGACACAUUGCCGAAUUGCAGUCAGAUAAUCUCUUCGAAUAAAAGUGAUUCAUGGUUAAAACCAUUUUCUGAAAUUUAAGUAAACAGCAGUUGUUCUGGAUUUUGUUCUGUGUUCCGUUCUAAGUGAUACGUUUUUCUUCUCAUUUGUGUCUAAAGUGCACUCGAACUUAACCCUUUUACUUGGUGUACUGGUACAAACUUAACAAACAUAUCCGGACGUUAUUCAGUUGGUCUAAUCAUAAUACGUAAAUUGUUCUUAGGCUGAUUUUCUUAUUAUUAUACAUUUUAUUUUCCUCUAUUGAUAGACUGUUGUAUGCACUUUUUUUUCGGUUACUCGUGAUCAAGUGGGGAACGUGACCAUCUGUGGUUCAGUAUUGGCCUGAAUAAAGUAAGGUUAUAGAUGUAGAAAAAAAUACACUGAUUUGUAAAAUAGUUUAAUCCUUGGACGCAUAAGUUUACUAAUACCUCCACCGACACAUAAAAAAGGUUGGGUGGAAACUCUUUUCAUUUUCAUAUUGCUUCAGUAUUUUAAAAAUAUUUUCCGUCGCAAAAAAUUUUCCUUUGCCCUAUUUCCUGACCGUUCGACUCACCAUAAUAAUUUCAUAGCUUUUACCAUAAUUGCCAUGAUUUGUUACAAAAGAGCUUAAUCGAAGCUGGUAGCGCUGCUAGAAAUAAAAAGAAGCUAUCGAGUAUAGAGUGAUUUUCUUUGUCUACUACAGUAAUGUAGCGUGAAAAAAAAAAAACAAAAAAAAGUUUAGUCGUGAUAUGAAGGAGCACAAACAUCCACCAUUAAUCGCGGUAUUUCCUCCACCGGAACUCUGUUCAGAAAACUGCAGAGAAGCUGCACAUGACUAUCGUGUAAUCGUUCCUAGGGACACAGCGGCAAAAUGAGUGUGCGUGCUUGUAAUGCGCACAAAGGAAUGGGAACGACAAUAUUUGUAUAGCAACACUCUAGUGUCAAAUUGCGACAUUUCUAAAAUUCCAUUGUCUGCUUUCAUUUUGCGGAGAUAAGCUCAAACCGUUUUCAGAAAAGUUUCUGUCAAACCUUCUCCGUGAUACGUCUCACUCAACUAAAAUUGCGGAAACAGGGGUGAAUUAUGUGUCGUGAUUCCACCCGAGUAAGGUCACAACAUUGGAGUUCUACCCAUACUCUAACAAACUUAAUUCCUCUAAGAUAUUCAAACCUUGUUUUUUUUCAUAAUUUGUCGCCUCUAAAUCGACUAGUCUAUAAAUGUGCAUGUGAUUUUGCAUUUUUUUUCUAGUAAAUUCAGUAUGGCCAGCGCUGCAAUGAAAGCUUGAGCAUUAUGGCUUUCAAUAUCCUGUUGUUCAAUAUCUUGCUGAAAAAAUUACACAAGCUUGUCUUUGUGUAGUAAACUGCUAUUUGAGAUUGAAAUUAGAUACGUUCUAUCCUUAUGUGAUUUUACCGGAACAAAUAGUUUCAGUGAACUUCAGAGUAUAUCAGUAUGAGCCGAGUAGAAGUAGAGUUCGAAAGUUUCCAUAAUUCAGACUCCUCAAAACACAUCAUCGUUAAUCAAGUUGUCAUGUGAUGUGUUCAUGUCAGUCAGUCGGUCCAUUAAUCGAUUGAUUUGCAAAUUGUUGUUGAUGAAGAAGCCUUCGUUGGGCGAAGUCUCUAAUCCCCUCUCUUACCCUACCUGGUUAGCCAUGGGCAAUUGUUUCAUGAAUACUUCCAAAAUAAAACAAAAAUCAUCAUGCUUAUUUGAAAAGUACCCCCUAAAAUCGCAUACAAGUAGGCUUGCAAAAAUUACAUUUUAUGUCCUGUGUUGUUAUCUAAUAUGCUUGUCAUAACUUUCUUAGACAAAUUUCCAAUACAGUGCACCGAGGAUGACUGAAUCAAGACUGGCGUACAAGGAAAACAAAUAUCUAUUCAAUGACAGCAGUCAAGCCCAUAGCUAGAAAUUAGAAGAACUAGAAAGCAAGACGCAACCUUCAAACAGCAGCAUAGAGACCACUUGGAGCCUGACAGCAUCGUCUACAGAUAGUGUUUAUAAGAAAUUUUUAUAAGUUUAGUUUGAGUUUUGUCUCUCGAAAUGUUCUAUAUAACACCAUAUUUUUCUUUGAUGUUAAUGUUGAUUGUUUGAUGGUAUAAAACAUACCCAUAAACGCGUCACAAUUAAGCAAUAGACUGUACUUUCUGUCGUUUUAUGACAUAAUAACGUCCGCAAAUUGUUGGGAGAAUACGAGUAAAGUUUGGGUGAUUACGCCGGUAAACCGAUAGAAAGUGCUAUCCAUAGCUUUUAUAGAAUAAACUUCAAAUUUCUAUGGGUUUUGAGGUGCAAUGAACGGUAAGUUUUUUGAUCAAUCAAGGCGCUCGUAGAAUCUCAGUAAUUUUAUAUCUUUCAAUGAGUGAUGACAUGAGCAGAAGAAGAAAAGCAUGCACUUUCCAAGAAAGAGUGCGUCACAACAACUAGUGCGUAAACAUAAAAAGGUACCUAAAACGGUACGGUAUUAAACGGUAUUAGAAACUAGUGCAGUGAGCUAUUUUUCAAGUUCAUUUCUCUACAUGAUGUGCCUCGCACUUGAUUGAUGAUGCGUUCGUGAUUCAAGUUAACAAAAAAAAUUCCGAAGACAGACGAUAUUGUCAAAAAAUGCUAAAACAAUUUAGUGCUCGAAUCAUUAUGUAGCAUACUUCACUAAUUUCAUUGGACGAAACAGACUAAGUUGCAGUAAAAUUAUGCCAAGUGAAGUGACUGACUUGAAAAGAAGGGGGACACUUAAUCGAACGGAAACAUGACUGGGUUCUGACAUACUCUGGCAUGCAAAACAUUAGCGUUGGAUUGUCAUCUGUUCUGACGUAGAUUCAUCUCUUUAUAAAUGAUCGCUGACUUACGAUUCGCGAUCCUCAGAGUCGGUUAUUCUUAACAUUCAACUUAUUCAGGCGGUGCACUAUUUUAGAAAGAAAUCAUGUGCUAUAAACAUAUAGAUAAACUGAAUAAUUAAUUAAACGCCUCCUUAGUUCCAUGGAUCAAUGGCUCUCGAAGGCAAGAACUUCAUCUAAGUUUUGUUAGUAAAAAAUGAAGGAACAGGAAUAACAAAUUGAUAGUGCUUUUUGUUUUAUGAUGAUGGUGACGACUUUGCUCGGUUUUGCUAUACUGGUUGCAUUAGAAAACGACAAUUAGCUGUACAUGCUACCCAGAGAAAUGGACAUUAUUCAGCAGAGUAAACUGUGCUUAGAUGAACAACGACAGUUUACUACCAAUACAUUUCAAGUUCUCGUUAUUAGAAUUUAUUUGCCUAAGGAAUUGCUUUUUGUUUUAUGAUGAUGGUAACGUGUUUGCUCGGUUUUGCCCUACUGGUUGCAUUAGAAAAUGACAAUUAGCUGUGUGAGUCCUCGUAAACUUUUGUAUGCUCUUUGGUCAGUUGAUUUGCUGAUCUAUAAAGGAAACCGUCUUCUUAGGUAUAACUCAACAACAGCUGGAAAGUUUGUUCUCAUGAAGACGUGACCAUUUUACUUUAAAAUUCGUUCCUUUCAUGAACAAUACUUCGUUUUUCAUGAGUUACUCCAAGAUAAAAUUAUUCGAUGUACCUUUUGCAUACAUACAGCCAGCUCUAGUUGUAUGAAAACGCUGAUGCCGAGCAAAGGAAAAAAAACCACGUUUUAAAGGAUAAUUACCAUCAAAGACAAAUACAUUUUUGUAGGUGUAUAUAAGUGUAAUAGGAAAUAGUACUUGAAAAACGUUGUCAUCCUUUCAUGCAAGACAAACACCAAAUUGCAAUCAGAGAAUUUCUUUGAAUAGAAGUGAUGCAGAGUAAACUAGGAAAAGAGGCGUGCGUUGUUGAUGUGUAUAGAAACCAUUUUCUGAGAUGUAAGCCAACAGUAGUUGUUCUGGAUUUUGUUCCGUGUUCCCUUCUAAAGUGCACUCGAACCUAACCCUUUCUCGCUCUCUCCAUUUAGUUCAUAAUACCUCGUUAUACAUAAGCUUAUUUGAAAUCCCUUUUUUUUCUGCGGUGUACAUAUACAAACUCACCAAACAUUUUCGGACAUUAUUCAGUUCACCUACACAUGAUAAGUAAACUGUUCUUAGAUGAACAACGACAGAUUACUAAUACAUUACAAGUUCUUGUUAUUCUGUACAUACCUGGUGGCGUCGAUAAGACAUGAGAGAGGCCAUAGCACCCAUGACAGAUUAUGGAAAUUUUGGAUGACUAUGCAAACUCCUGCGAUUUAAUGCUUUAAUUAAGCACACCACCUCACAGAAUCACGCUCAUUGAAAAACAUCGCACGGGAAAAUGCAUAUAAGCUAGAAAAGAGAAAGAGAGGAUGCGUAACUUCACACAGGCCUGUCAGUCCGACUGUCAAUCAUGUAAUUUCCCAAUGUGCGCCGUGUUCGCAAGUAUUGUUUCUUGCUCAGAUAACCGAAACGUGGCGCUAUUCAUCGAAGAAUAGACGUAAGUAGUAGCGUUAUCUUGAUUAGGCUAUAUUGUUUAAAAAUCGGUCAGAUGUAAAAUUAAACUAUCUUUCCGUUCUUCAAACGUACGGCGGUACGACUUGGCAGCCAUGCUUCACUGCGAGAUCUACAGAGGAAUGUCUUCCAAGGCAGCUCGCACCUUCGUCAUCAAAAUGGGCCCAGCUGAUCUCCGCCACGAUCUUGAAUUACUCGGGUUAGCGGUUGAAAGCAAUUUCAAAGCGGAGAAAUCGAAGAAUAGACUCGACGAUUUCGGUUCCCUGCUUGGUGAAAAAUGGGACGCGGUAUUUUGGGUUUAGAAUAUUAUUAGCAUAUCAUUGGCAAUUAGGAGCAUACCCCAGGGCGUGAAAUUAACUUUUUUUUCUGAUAGCCACUUGGCUCCUAAAUUCUUCAAAGUGGUAGCCAAUUCAAAAAAAGUUGGUCGCCAUUUUCAAAGACAAACAAAAUCUUUCUUUACGCUUUCAGCGUUCUGGAUAGACCCUCCAAAAUUAAGUUAGGGAAAAGAUCUUUAACGUGCUACAAAGUGGACACUAGGAUGGAUGAUAUACAACUUUCAGGCUCAUCUAAAUCCAAGAUGGCGUCUAGUUGUCGAUCGAGAAGCACGUGCUACGUUUUAGAGGAAGUUUGCCGCGGAUUUAUCUUUGCAAAUCUUUUUAAUUCACUAUAUCUCUUGGUAAGGUUAUGAUGAAACGUUCUAGUCGCCAAUUUGGCGACUAACUUUCAGGAUUUGGUCGCCAAAGUGAAAAAUUUAGUCGCAUUGGCGCCUGUAUUAGGCGCAAUUUCACGCCCUGUACCCACAAAUUUUUUAACAAUUUGUUUCAUCUUGAAUGGUACAAGACCAUUUAAUACCUACAGUCAGCGACAUUUUGUAGAUGUAAGUACGCUUGGCGAAAACAAAUACAACACAACAACUUGUAUGCGUCCAGAUUCCUUGUAUUCUCGUAAACAACGAUUUACACACGAGGAUCUAUCCGACGACGAUUCGAAGUUACUGCUUCUUAGCAGGAUAGUCUCAAAAUCCUUAGCUUAAAACGUAACUUGGCAAAAGACGGCAAAAAACAUACAAACGAUCGAAGCCCAAGCAACGAACAUGGCGUGGGAAACUGCACCCUAUGUAUACUGUCAGCGGUUUUGAAGAAUGUAAGUAAAUUCAACGAAUCAUACAAAAGAGUUGGAGAAUUUUGCUGCAACAUGGACACGAAUGCAUGCGGUGUAUGAAGCUGAUUGAGAUAACGUUUUAUCUACGAGUUUGAGGGCUUCGCGUGCAAAAACGAAUCACUAUAUCGUCUUUGAAACAUUCAAAUCUUCUUUUUCGAUCUCAUAAGACCUCACAAAAUGAUUUUCGUAAACAUUGCGCUCUUCUUUGCGCUUAAAAUAAUUUAAUUUCGAAAGCAUGCAUUUCUCUUCAGUAAAAAUACUUCGUGAAUAAAAUUAAUUUUCACCAUGUGCUAAACCUUCAAAUGGAUUAAGCUUUUGGUGGUUGAAUUUCGAAAAGAUGUUCUCAAUAUAACUGUGAAAAUUUGUUUUGGCAAAUGAUUGAGAGCGAUACAAAAGCUUUUCAAAGUCCGUUAAAAUGCAGUUAUUUGACCUUUUGCGUUCAACAUUCCAGUCGCGAGUCACACAUAUUUUAAUAUGUUUCAACCCAUACGAGGCCGAAAAAUGUACAUAGAAAGAUAUUUACAAAUGCUCUAACCUCAUUUGCCGCAGGAGACCGAGCCAGAAACCAUUUUAGAGUGAUUCUCUUGUCGUUCGUCGUUUUAGGUCUGUAUAAAUGAUAACGUCCGAUGAAACCACCAACCCUGUCGAACACCAUCUUGAUGUCAAACGUUCGAUAUCUUUCUUCACUGUGGCAUGUUAUUCAACGGUUCAGUUGACUGCGAGUAUUGCUCAGUUUACAACGCACUAAAAGAUUACAUCUGACAGUCUAAUUCAAUGCUAAACUGAGUUGACUACAAACAUGUACGCCAUUUGAGUAUUUGGGUUUUCACGCAAUACCGGUGACAAAGGAACUUUACGGGGUAGGUGAAGGGCAAAACUCCAUAUAAUUAAGCACUAUCAGAAUUCAACUCUUGGAACCUAAAAAAUAUUUUAUUCUGUAAAUAUUUUUGUAAUAGUGUCAUCUUUGUCUGAUGACAAACAAUAAAAUACAUUUAUUUAUUGCAGGGAAUUAUUCUUGUUUUUUUGGCGCUCUGUGCCCGUAUCUAUUAGGGGUGUUUUUCUUUCUACUAAAAUUGCAAGGAAUACCCUAAUAGCAUGAAAGAGAACCUUUUGUACAUUUUUACAACACCACGCUACAGAACGCAGUGGUGGGGAUGUGUGGUUUAUGUGAGGCUGGGGUGCUAUGUUCCGUGGUCAAUGGGUGGGGCUUGCAUAAGGGAGCAGUACUAUUAACCACUGUUAACAGACCAACUUCCGUUUAAAACCUUAAACUACAGAGGGGCCGACAUAUGUGCGCUCGGCACAAAAUAAGGUCGAUCUCAUCUUCAGGACCGGUAAAUUUGAAAGCCGACUCAUGACUUGCGAUAUUCUUGGUGCAUGAAAGUAAAGGAACAAUUUCCGUUUCACGCAUUCGAUCUCUAGUGUUGUGACCACAAACUCCGCCAAUAAGCGACUUGAACGAACAACAACCUUCCAUUUUUUAUGUAACAAAGUUGACCGUGUAAGUUACUUUAUUGUUUUUUUAGAGGGCACGGUAAUGAAUCCUGCAAUCUGAUUGGUUCUUUACCCGGUCAGUAUUUUCCUAUCUCUGCCCACGGGCCACGGUAACGCUUUCGUGAAUCGCCGAGUACAUCCCAACUUUCGUUGUCAUUUUUCAUAAAUAUACCUCGUUUUCCGGCUGGGCAGUAUUUUAAAGCAAACAAGUCGGUCACUACCUCAAGCCGAUAAAUAACUUAUGAAUCCUCUCUUUUCUCUCUCUCAAAUCACUUUGGUUGACAGGAAAAUGUUGGUUUCAGAAUGAAUUUGUAUAAACAAUAGUGUCAUUACGUUGGUUGACAAGCGGCCUAAAAACCGUUUGCAAUUAAUUUUAAUCGUUCACAAAAAGUACCCAGAAAGUUAAAACGUGUGGCAUUUGGUUACAGUUAAACUGAACAAUUAACGAUCAUUAAUUUAAUAUCUGAAUAUUCUCGAGAAAAUUGUUAGUAGUGAAAGAGCGAGCAAAGUUUUAAUUUAAGUUCUACAACAAAUAUAGGCUCCCGGUGAGUCUUUCCAAUUCCGUUCAAUUUGGACAUUUGUACCGUAAAUUACACAACAGAAACUGAGGGAAUUUUUUUAGAAAAGACCGCAUUAAAUUCCCUUGUGUCUCGUUGGAGUGUGCCGUUCGAAUUUAGUUUUUGUGAAGGAAAGACCAGAUUUACACAUUGCAGCAAACAAACGAGCAAACUCUCACAACUUCAAAAUAAAAAAAAUUGAAUUUACUCACAAUUACUUUCCUCGCCGUUUACUUAAUGAACAGAGGUAAAUCUUCGUACAUAAAUGAAUCGUCGAUGAGAGUGAAUAAUACUUUCCGUUAGAUCAUUGACUGAUUUUGAAGAAAACAUUGUCGUGACAGUCCUUGCCAAACUAGUUCCGUUGUUUUUCAAAUGUUCUUAAUAUGCUUUUUUUUUUUCUUACGCGCUCUCGAAUUGACAGGUGUCAGAUUGUGACAGAUACUUGUAAAAAUAAUGUUUCAAAGUUUGUUUGGAAGCCUUCUAAAUCACCUUUAUCGUUACGGAAAUGAAAAUGUUUCGCUGAGGCAUCUCUCUUUAAUUUGCAUCACCUCUAUUUUAACUACCAUUUACUCGCUCAAAAAUUGUUCAGUUUAUGGAAGAUCUUGCCAUAUUUACAGCCCUAAAUCAUUCGAGUUCUUUCGGAAAGAAUUUCGUCAAGUUUAAAAACAAUAAAUAUGUUAUUUACCGGCUAAGGGUCGGUCCGUAUGGUGAAAAACUGUGACCUCGGUCUUGAAAAUGCUGCCCUCGGCCUACGGCCUACGGACCUCCCAGCCGGCAAAUAACAUAUAUGUAUUUGUAAAAAACAAAGUCCGAAGCCCCGCCUCUAAGCGAACAAUAGGCAUCGUGUAAUUAUCAUAAAUCAGGUUUUGUUUACUUAGGCUUACUAUUUUUAGCAGGUACUGAAUUUAGCUUUUCAACGAGUAUUGGCCAGAGGCCCGAUCUCCGCGACUUACAUGUAAGAAAUUUCGAUGUUCACAACAACAAAAAAGCUUAGCAGCAGAGUGACGUCUUUUUACUUUCCCCUUCCCCUACCCCCUAAAAAAUAACUUUCCAUUGUAUGAUUUGCAUUGCGUGACGACUCUCCGUAUACAAAACUGCGUUGACUGCAACAUAUGUGUAGAGCCACUUUUAAAAGCAUCGAUUAGAUCUACUGCACCACAAACCGAACAACACUCACAGUCAACUGAACCGCUGGAUAAGAUGCCACAGUGCAGAAAGAUGUCAAACGUUUCACAACGAAGGUUGGUGACAGUUCGCAGAUUGACAGGCAGUUUCAUCGGACGUUAUAAAUACGACGAGCGACAAGAUAACCACAGUAAAAUGGUCUUUGGGUCUUUGUUCUACGGCAAAUUAGGUUAGAGCAUUUGGAAAUGUGUACCCAUGUAUAUUUUCCGGCCUCAUAUGGGUUGAAUCAUAUUAAAGUAUGUGUGUGACUCGCAACCGGAAUGUUAACCGCGAAAGGUCAAAUAACUGCAUUUUAACGGACUUUGAAAAGCUUUCGUAUCACUCUCACUCAUUUUCCCAAAGAAAUUUUUACAGUAAUAUUGAGAACAUCUUUUCGUAAUUCUACCGCCCAAAGUUUAAUCCAUUUGAAGGUUUAGCACAUGCUGAAAAUUAACUUUACUCACAAAGCACUUUUACUGAAGAGAAAUGCAUGCUUUCGAAAUUAAAUUAUUUUACACGCAAAGAGGAACGCAGUGUUUACAAAAAUCGUUUUGUGAGGUCUUGUGAGGUGGAAAAAGAAGAUUUGAGUGUUAAAAAGACGAGAUUGUGAUUCGUUUUUGAAUGCGAAGCCCUCAAAUUUGUGCAAUAAUUUGCUGCUAAAAAUGACGAUUUUAACGGAAUUUUGUUAUUUGAAUUUUUGUCUGAAAUAAAAAGAUAUUUUACCAAAAAAAGUAUCCAGUGAUUUUAGUUAUAGUCUAGCCUAUCUCACAUUAAAAUAAGAAAGAAUUUUUCACCCUUGCCGCGAAAUUUAGAAUUUGUCUGAUUUUUACAGAGAAGCGCUCUUCAAGUUAUUCAAGAAGUUCCUUUCCACUGAUCACAUAGAAUACGACAUAGAAUGAAGGAGAGAUAAAAGAGUCUCACGAUUUGAAAUUAAGCUAUCGAAUUAAACACAGCAUUUUAGUAACCCACUGUGCCCGAAAAGAUCUUGCUAACGAAAUAGAUCUUCAAUUUUAAAGGUACAAUGCAAGGUAUUGAAGAUCCUAGGCAUCACUUCGGGUCAGAAAAAGUUUUCUUGGAGCUUCUUUAAAAAAUAUGAUGGAACUCAAAAUCGUGUGAAAAGAGUAAAUACACAGAAAGUAGUAUGAUUAAAAUGUAAUUGCGAAAAACUGGAAUAAAGAAGGAAUAAAAGCCAGUGAGAACAAUAUAUUAAAGGGGUGGCAUCGUAACAAGAGUCUCCACAUGCACCAAAGAGUAGGGCGUCGAAAUGUGCUUCAAAACGUCAAUGACAGAAAGAAACUCCCCUAAAUUUAGAAUUUCACCCGGAAAGAGCUAAAUAGCAUUCAGAGGUUGUAGUAAUUAAAUUCAUUCAUUUUACUAAAAAAGUAGUUUUGGGAAUAAGCUGCAAAAUUCGCUUUCAAGGCUUCGUUUGUUCUACAUUUUCUAAUUGAAAAACCUUAUUGUCUAUUCUAAACGCGCCUUCAAUCUGAUCGGUCGUUUCGUUUAAAAUGCCUUCCUAUUUGGCUACGAAGAAGGUAAGGUCUAGUGCGAAAAUCAAUAUUACAGUCGAACCUGUAUUAAGCGGUCACUUAUAACGGAACCACUCAUAUAAAACUAGGAGCAAUCUUUCAAAUAAAAUUUAAUCCGUUUUCACCUCCCGAAAUCAAUGUUGGUAGUGUUCUUGAGGGGUUUUACUAUUGGUAACGUGGUCUUUUAUGGCAUAAAACGGCGAUUUUUAUCUUUUUUCUCAUACUCAUAUUGUUGAUCGCAUAAUACAGGUUCGACUACAGGUCACUUUGUAAGUCUUGCAUCACGAGUCAUGUUAUAGAAGUGUACUCCUUGUUCCAGAAGUUUGUUGGGUGCGUCAAAUUCUAAGAUGGAACCGUCUUCAAGAACCAUAACCCUGUGAAAGAAAAAAAUAUAAUUCUGUCACUCUAGCAUGUAAGUUAUUGUCCCAUAUCUUGCCUUUUAGAUUGUUUUGUGGCGAAAGAGCGCCAAAAGGCUAGGAUCUGCUGUUUUAAUUCGAAGCUUGACAACUCACGUGCGUAAUGAGUUAUGUUCACGUUUUUCCACGCUAAGCUACUGAAGAUCAACAAUUUAGUUCCAAUUUGUCACUCGAGUUUGUAUGAGGUCCAAAGGAAAGAGUUUUACCUGUCAUAGUCCGUUGCUUCAUCCAGAACCAGGAUCUUACUUUUACGGAGAAGUGAACGUGCUAAACAAACCACUUGCCAACUCUGCAAUAAGGUAUAAAAGUUCCAUAGCGAUCACAUGAAUCACAUGAAAGGCGUUGGCCAUAGAAAACCACCCGCCCAAAGCCGCAUUAAAACGUCCUUGAACCUUUCAAUCGUAAAGGCUAUGCGAUCUCUUGCUCAUUAUUGAUGGGAUUAAACAAGCUUUAUGAAUAUUCCAUGCACACUUUAGGUUAAAUUUCAUGCGUACAUUUGUUAUUUUUCCCUGACGCCCUUAAACUAUGCGAUUUUAAUAUUCAGUGACUUUGAAAUGCAUCUUUUAGGUUACAAAAUACAAUUAUUGAAACAGAUUUUGAGAAGAGCGCACCAUAUUUUUAAAACUCGUGAACUGUGUUUUAAGGUGAGUGAGCAUUCUUGUACCUUGUAUCACUAAACAUUUCCACUUAUUCAUUGUCAUUCCGCCCUCUUUCCUACAUGAGAUUUUCGCCUCCUUCAGCUAUAAAUCUUUUCAAAUGACUCACUUCCGAUACUCUCCAAAGCUAUUCAUCCACAAGUUUAUUGAACGGAUCCAAGUUUAGACGGAGAGUUCCAGAAAAUAACACGAACUCCUAUAGGUAAAGGUGAGUAAGAAUGGAAUGAAAACAAAAGUAAAACAAGUAAAAAAAGUAUGUUUUGAUUUCAUCAUAAAAACUGAAACACUUUCCUCCCUUCUGAACAAGUAUGACUAUUUUUCUUAUGUAUUCAACGGAUGACGUCCCGGUCCUCAAUCGUUUGAGGUGCUGAAGUAAGAAAACGGAUAAAUUUCCUUAAAGACCCUAAAAAGCGAUAUAACAGCCCUAAACUAGAACGAAUGAGUUUGUAGCUAAAGAUGCCCAGGCUCCUUCCUCAUUGUCACUAACAAGCGCUUUCUUUCCAAAAAAACAGCAUGCAAGUGUAUCGAAAACAUUUUGUUCUCGCUCUACCACUUUAAACCGCGUUGCCUCCCAUGUUUCACCUGUGCAAUAGUGGUAAGCCGCGAACGGAGAUCUCUGAGUACAAUGGUAGCAAUAUCAAGAUCAUCGAUGACAAUUUACUACCCAGUCUCUCAAGAAUACGAAACAAGGCUAAGGCUAGGGACGGUUUCCCAGCUCCUUUUCGACCCACAAUGCCAAUUUGUCGAGCAUCGAACAAAGCUAUAUUCGUAACUGAGAAAAUGAUGAUAAUGAUAAUGAUAACAAUAACAACUGAGUGAACAACACGUCACAGCUGACUGCAUUUCUAAAGAUCGAUGAGAAACGGAAGUGUCCUUGUUGUAUUCAAUUCAAUUUACCCUUAUAUUAGUAGACUUGAGGAAGUUCUUCUAACGGUUUAACUCAAAAGGUAACUCGGUGUUUGAAAUAAAAGUCAAACACCGAGUUACCUUUUGAGUUAAACCGUUAGAGGAACUUUUUCAAGUCUACUAAUAUAAGGAUAAGUAUAGUUAACCAUAUCAAACUCAUGGGGUACAAAUAGUCUUAACAUGAAAUUAGUGACCACGCCCACUUCAACACCCUACUCAAAUCGAGUGUAAUUUUCGAAUGUUCUACCAUCGUGCGGAUUCUCUACGGAAAAAGCACUCAAUGUACCUCUGAAAUAUUAAACUAUAAUAUUGUUGCUUUCUAUUUCGCUAAUUUUCUAACUUGAAGGUAAAGUUUUUCCCUCGUCAUUUUUACCUUUUCUCCGAGCGGUUGGGUGAAAUUAACAAGGCGUUUUUGAUCAAAACACGACCGAGCGAAGGGUCUCGGGCGAUAUCUCUUUUACGCAGGCGCAAAUUAAAAAUAUACUGCCAGAAUAAAAAAGAGGAACAAAUUUCCUUUGUUUUGAUAUGUAAAGUGUCGAACAAAAAGCAGAUUUACCUUCGUCAAAUGGCGUUUCAAAACAGCUGUAUCUUCCUCCUUUUGAUUUUUCCUGUUUUGUAAGCGUGAAAGCAGUAGGAGAGGGAUCGGGAAACUCAGAAAGCGCUUCGGGAAUUAAUCUGCCAUCGUUUACUUACAAGAUAAACAAGUAAGAUUUGUGAAGUUCGUUGAAGGAUGAAGUCGAAAUAAAUGCCUUUUUAAAGCUUGUUUGCUGGAUUUUUCGUAAACUUCCCUGAUUAAUUUUUCGUUUCAGCUUACUAGUCUAUACUAUUUCAAAGCAAUGUCAAGACGAAGACGGAGAACCUUGAGUCGGUCCUUUCAACAAUCGUAAACAAAGUGUUUGAGCAAUCAGGUAUACGAGGUGUAAUAAUCAAUAGCCGCAUAUCAGAAGUCUUCAGAAAGAAAGUAUUCUGUCUUCAGAAAGCUGUCAAGAAUGCUAAUAAUCGUGGCGGAAGGCAAUUAAACGGGCCCUCGGUAUCGAUUUAAUAUCAUAUCGAUCUCAAUAUCAUACAGUUUUGCAUCUUUCUUCCGUGGAUUCGCCUUUCUAACGAGGGUGUAUGUUGAGAAUUCAUUGCAAAAUCGCUUUGUUUUUUUAAUUUCCCUCUUUGACCUGUUCGCCAUUUUGAAAAUUCGUAACGGAGAGCAUGCGCAUUACGUGGGGUUAGUGGUUGCGUACACCUGGAACCGAGAAAAACAAAUGUUCGUCGCACUGGGGAAAGAGUUUGAUAUGUUUAUAAAAGUCAUUACUACUAAGAAUAUUAUGAUUAUAACAUAAUAAUGGGAUUUAGCAGUGGACAUUCCACUAGGAAGCUGUCCUUGUCAUUGUCUCCAGGUCGAAUUGAGAACUGGAAAUGUUGGUUUUUGAGGAGGGAGGAAAACCGGAGGACCUAGACCAAAACCCUCGGAGCAAGGACGAGAACCAACAAUAAUCUCAAUCCAAAGGUACACCGUCGUUUCGUACCCAAGUUUGAGUCGGUUCGCACCCAAACCUAACCGCUGGUCGAUCCGUAGCCAAAUUAAACCGCAUUUCAAUUUCAUCACUCAGCUUCCCAUUCUUGUUUGUCACAGUGAUUUUUCAGCUCGUUGAUUACAGUUCCGUCCUGUUAAUAGUCGAUUUUGGCGUCCGGGACAGCUUACAACACGUGACUAGGAACAGCAAGUUUCCCGAAAGCGGCCUUUUUGAAGUCGAUCAGGUCUUAUUUCAACUACUAGUUCAGUAGUUUUUAUAGCUGCGAGGAUCUCUUAUAUUCGAUAGCGCUGGUAAUAUUAUUCAAUGAAUUUCUCUCAGCUCACUGGCAAAAGAUAAACACCUCACCAGUCUGCUUUGGUACGAAGAAUAACCAGUUUGGCAAGUUCUGUGCUCCAUAUGGUGGAAAACUGGCAGCUGUAAAACUGAUUUAUCUGCAUGGCUACGUCACCGCCGUAAAUGCGCCAACCCCCCCAGUGGUCCUUUUGGGGCUGCGGUAACCGACCUUCUGUCAUAAACCACAUCAAUGUUGUCAUAACAUCCGAUAGCAUCAUUUUAUCACCGAGACAGUUCUUUACUCUUGGAAGAGGGAAGUGGCCGGAGAUUCCCGGAUACAACUCGUUUUCCGCCGAGAACAGUUUGUCUUUUAUCUCUGGCAGUCACUCAGUGCAUGCGGGUAAACAUCUACGUUUGUGGUACGGCGAAGAUUACUUGAACUGGACGGAAAGCAACAACGAUGGACGGGUCUGUUGCGAUGUUUACGCUCUCUACGUCGAGAAUUCAUAUUAACAAAAGGUUCAGGAGAGUUUUCAAAAACUUAAAACAGAGCCUUAGUGACGUUCACUUUCAAGCCUUCGUAAAGUAAUGGAUCCGCUUUCGGUAAUUAGCGUAGUUCUGUUAAUGUUCGUUAGCUAUUACAAGUUAAAAUCAUGACGCAAAUAGCAACAUGUAGUUUUUGCAGUCUUUUCUCAGCCUUUUUGCACUUUUUGGAUGACAGUGAACAAGAGAUUUUUUUUUUGCUAUUUUCCUGUAAGAAUUAAACGAAAAGUGAGAAAAAUAUGAGUUCAUUGUUACUGUUUGCCGUUCCCGCCAAUCUCCGGGUUAAACUAACAUUCAACUUUAAAAGUUUAACUACAUAAUUCAGACCGUUCCUCAACAUGACUGGAACUUAAAUCUCUUUAUUAAACUAGAUAACUUAAAAGUUAUGUUGUUCAAUCCCAUUUGUUCAUGACUCCUCCAAACAAGGUGGCCUAAAAAGUGGGAGCCCUGAGCUGGGUUGUUCAAGAUAACCCAGGGUUAGUGUGAAAUCUGAUUUCAUUUCUGGAAGCUUUAAAAGAAAAUGUGAUAUUGUUCUUUUUGUCUAGAAUUUGAUUAUUGGAUGCCCUAAAAAGAACAGAGAGAAUGAUCCAGAAAAGGCAUUUGAACAUAGAAAUGAAGAACGCCUGAUUAAGAUUUAAGCUUGGGUUAGCACUAAUCGGCCUUCAAACAACUGAGCCCUGGACUCUGGUCUGAAUGAUUAAAGUUUGAGACGUGUCUGUUAAGUGAGAGCACUGCACUUCAUGAGCAAAACGAAACAAGAAGGUGGUGUGGGCGAAGGGGUUAGGCUCUCGUGGACUAUCAUUUCGUUUAAAGGGGGGUAACAAACAAGCUAACGGUUGAGUAAGCAAAGCAGCAACUUCCCUUUUUAUAAAUGUACUACUAACUACUGAGCUUGUUCAAAUUAAAUUUUAGCUUGAAAACAUGUUUUCCAUAUGCUACCAAUGCGGUAUGAAUAAUUGACUCUAUCAGAAAACCGUAGCCUGCGUGGCCAGGCUGCUAAAGAGGGAAAGAGGGGAGGGGUAAGAGGGUGAAUGGGACAAGAGAAACUCUCAAUUUUUUAUGGUCUCCUCUUUAUACUCUGCUAGUAAUGAUUGAUCCCUCCUCCGUGUCCCCUGAAAAUCAUGUGUUCCCCCUUCCUCCCGAAAAAACCUCCAACCCCCUCCUCCAGGCGAUAAUUAAUUACUUGUCCCUGAAACCUUUAAUUUCAAUAGUAAUUCUCUUCACUGUAUGCCAUGUAGUUCAUGUGAUAUUAGUUUGGAGAAUUUGGUAUUGCAUCAACUAAUGAAUCCCCCAGUUAAUAUUUUUUCAUUAUUCUCAUUACUUUUCUGCUGGACAUUGUAUUGAUAUUGUAGGGAGAAAUUCUGUCUUGGUCAUUCAUGGGAGUUAAAGAGUUAGGCCUCCUCAGCACAGCUACAUGUGACAUGAUGACUUUGGCUGGCCACAAAGAAGGUUUUUUUGUUGGUUUUUCUUUUAUUUUCUCGGACGUUGUGGCUUUAAGUUCCUUCUGUUGAUUGUCAGAAGGUUAUAACAAGUUACUGGCUAAAACGAUCACGUGAAAUGCGCACAGUUGAUAUGUCACUCCCCGUGUCAUGACAUACGAACACGUCCCCUUUUCUCUAGAGAUGAAGAUCAUGAUGGUUAAAUUGAAAUUAGAGAAGACCAGCGUCUGUGCUAUUUCCUUGGCUUGUCCGCAUCCUUAGGUCAUAAAGCCGCUAUUAAUCACUUGACCAUUUGUGUAAGCAAAAGUAGUACUUUAUGUGCCAGUUACUUGGAUUCUUGGGCAAAUAAUCAUCUUUGCCAAGAAAGACCUAACUAAAAGAUAAAAGGGAGAAAAAUGGAGAGCAUGCAUAUCAGAGUGUUCCAUUCACUCCUUUGGUAACCUUCUAUUUUUCCCGCUUCCUAUGCAACCCCUUUCAAAGCCAUUUGUCCGUUAGCUUCGUGAGUGAGCCGCACGCAUGACAGCAAGCGGUUCCUCCUUUUCUUGUCUGGCCCGGAGCUCCUCUUAAAACUCAGUUUUCCUCGCCAGCAGUCUGUUUGUGUAGACUUCUUCACCUGUGCCCCUCUUUUCCUCACUGCAGGCUUGAUAUUGAGUGGGACAUUAGUCCGAACCAGCCUGUGGUCUGUGUUGCUGUCAGCACUGGGCAUGACUCUGGUGUGUAGCACGUCGCACAGGUCCUUUUAGCGCACGAGGACGUAGUCCAAGAGGUACUAGUGUUUGGAGCGUGGGUGUUGUCAGGUCGACUUGAAUCUGGCCUUCUGCUGGAACAGGGAGUUGGUGAUUAUCAGUCCCUGUUCUGUACACGGCUCCAGCAUCUUGCGCCCGUUGACGUUGCAAUAGUCAACUCCAUGGCGUCCAAGAACUCCUGACCUUACAGUGUACUCUCAUUCCACUCUUGCGUUAAAGCCGCUCAUGAUGAUGAGCUUAUCCUCCCUGUCCACUCUCCAGAGAAGGGACCUUCAGUCGCUGUAGAAGGCCUCUUUGGUCGCGGGGUCUACCAUGAGUGUGGGAGCGUACAUAUUGAUGAUAGCGGCGAGCUGAUUGCCCUGGAGAGUAAGGCGGAGGGAUAUAAGGCGAUCCAGGUAUUCUUCGGGGACGCUGGUCAGCUUUCUGGCCAGCGUGUUCUUCAACAUGAAGCCUACUUCGGACAGGCGACGAUCCUCCUUGCUUUUGCCAGACCAGUACAAUGUGUACCAAGCUCUGUGCUCCUUGAGUGACCCUUGUUCUCAAAGUGCACCUCACUGAGAGCAGCGAUGUUGAUGUCCAGUCGGGCUAGUUCUGUACCACCUGUGCUAAGCGUCGUUGUGGUCGGUCAUCUCCGUCGGAGUCUUGCAUUGUGCGGAUAUAUUCCAGCAUGCUAACUUGAGACUUGUUUUCUUUGGUCUUUGUUUGUUUUCCUGUUUCUUACCGCUGGUGAGGAAUACCCGUUGGCCGCGGCUAGUGAAUUAAGGGAUACUAUAUUAGGCAUCUAGAUGUGCCCCCCUCCUCUCGUCUCUAAUAUUUGAAUGUUCAGAAUUAAAAUUGCCUGCAGGGUAGUUAUUACCGUGUUUAUAAAGUUACUUAACUUACUACUACGUAGAGUGGAGAAAGAAAUAAAAUACAAAAAUAAAAAAUAAAGGAAGUCUUUGUCCGCGUAGCUUGCCCACGUGUUAUAUACCUUUUGUUCCAGAUAAGUUUUCUUCAAUCUUCAGCUAUCUGACUAAAAUUUUGUAUAAUGUGAAAUGACCAAUCCUUUCGGACAGGAUUUGUCCGUCAGCAUGUUUCAAGAUUCCAUUUUUAUAUUCCGUGUUCAUACAGUCUCCUCCGCGCCUUAUACAUAUGCAAGUUCCAAAAUUACGUCGACAGGCGAAGCCACAUCUACAUGAUUAACUAUUGUGACUAAAGAAAUGGCAACCAAAAUGAAUUUUCAUUUUUCAGGGAGUUUAAGAGCUGCAUAUACUGAAAAGGAAAAAAAAAAGCGGUCAAGUGCAAUUAUCUUCACAUGUUUUAAAGAUUUUUUUAAGAAUUAGCCUAUUACGAUACGGAAAGAGUCGGCAUACCUUUGGGGUAUUCACUCCAAAAGUCAGAAAACUUCAAAGUGAAACGUUAGAGCAAAUGCAGUACCAGUUGACAAGUUUUGUCAGUGACUGAUAAGGAUUUUCGAGGUGGAACAUAUCAUUCUAGUCAAAGUCGCAACUUCAAACUUCAAAGGAAAACUAUAGAGGUAAAGUAUCUGAGAAUAAAUGUGAUUUUUGGUUUUCUUUCCAGUGAUGAAAAGUUCUAGUUAAUAUGAACCCGUAUUAGCAUAUCGGCGCCAAUCAUGGCGGCCACGUUUAGAGUAGCUCUAGUUUCUAUCACUAUUCUAUCCUGUUUAAGCGCUGCAUUUCUAAACCAUUUAUUAUCCUUCGAGGCUACUUUUAAAUCAAGGUGGGAACCCCUGCACACUGCUGUUCAACUCAAGAAGAAAUGCACUUGUAUCGUCAAAGAUGGUUUUCAUCGAUCAAGAGUUCCAAUGCAGAAGCACACUAAACACGGGUUUGUCUCCUUAGUCAUCCCUGGCCACGACCCUCCAUUGGACAUCACGGUAUACGUUGAUAUUUCGACCAACCCCGGUCCUGCUCAAUCUAAUAUCGCCAUUGGUAGCCGGCAGAGAGCCACUAGAGAUUUAAUUCGGCAGCUUGAUUCUCCAAUUCGCCAAACAACGACCCUACAGUACUCUCGGCGCGAACUGGUGUCGCUCCGGAAAAAUUACAGCCUUCAGGAGAGACGGUCAGUUUUAUUUAAGAACAUUCGAGCGGAUGGAAUUUUUAAGUACCGAGGGAAGCGGUCCGGAAGACUUACUAAAACACAAUUAAAUACAGGCCGAAGCAAAUAUUCUUCAGAAACGAAUGAAUUUUCAACCUUGAAUAAUUAUUCACAGUCGAACAAUCACACCUUACCGGGGCUUUCAGUAAUUCCCGUGAGAACAACCACACGCGCCAUCUCCAGUAGUUACACAAGACCAAGAACUGUUAAUUGCUAUAACUCUUCCAUCUUGAAUGAAUCUUUACGGUUCAAUAAUCACGCUUUACCGAGACUUUCAACAAUUCCCGUGAGAGUAACUACGCGUGUCUCCUCCAGCCGUUACACAGAAGAAAGAGCCGUCAAUUUCAAUAAUCUGGCUAUUAUCAAGCCUAAGAGCAACAUCGACGCCAGGAAAAACACCUUGCAGUUCGUACCGUCAAUAGCUGUGUCUAAUGUAAUGAGUUUGGCACCAAAAUAGACGAACUUCGUAUUUUUUUGAACACCCACGAGUUUGAUCUUUGUUGUAUAACGGAGACAUGGCUGAAAGAUUCUAUUGAUGACAGCGUAGUUGACAUUAGUGGCUACAACAUCAUACGCAAAGAUAGGACCCACAAGCUACAUGGGGGUGUGGCUCUAUAUGUAAAAGAUUCCAUCAAAUUCUCAAUUCUACGGGACUAUGAGUUUCCUGACCCCGAGGGCCCUGGACUAUCCGAUCAUUGUACUGUUGGUUUGUUUCCAAAAAUUAGAUCGAAGGCCAAUAUUCCUGCAAACAGAACGGUUACUACACGUGCUGUUGACGCUGAGUCCAAACAGGCUUUUGGUCGUUAUAUGACGGGGGUCGACUGGUCAUUAAUCGACACUAUAGAUAGCGUCCAAGAACAGUAUGCUCACUUCAGUGACCUAAUUCACAUAGGGUUAGAUUCUAUCCUUCCCAAAAAGCGAGUUAAGUUCCACCGAAACGACGCACCAUGGAUUUCACCCAAACUCAAGGCACUUAUAGCACACCGUCAAAGAGCAUAUUACCAAGACAACAAACCAUUGUUCCACUACUACCGGAACAAAGUAAACAGGGAACGGAAGCUCUGCAAACGCUCUUAUUACAACACUAAAGUCAGCGUUUUGACCGAAAACAAUCCUAAAAUGUGGUGGUCCGAAUGUAGGCGGUUAUGUGGAAUGAACAAAACACCUACAAGUGUCGCAAAUCAGCUCCUAGCAAGUAAACCAGCUACCUCAAUCAACCUUAAGAUCUUGGCUAAUGAAAUCAACACAGCUCUGCUAGAACCUCAAGCUUCGUUUGACCCACUUUUAGAUAAUAUCGAAACUGUGAGCACUGAGGGUUUUAAAACUCCCAUUAUUUCACUGGAAGCUACCUUCAAAUGCCUUAGUACGGUCAGCUCCUCCAAAGCUGGGGCCCAGAUAAUAUCCCAAACUGGGUCUUGCGUGACUUCGCUCCUGAGCUCGCUCAACCUCUUCGUUGUAUCAUCAAUUCCUCGAUUAGUCAAGGGACUUUACCGGACAUUUGGAAAUGUGCAAACAUCACCCCUCUUCCCAAAACAAAGAUAGUUGAGGAUGCGGCGAAAGAUUUGAGACCUAUUUCACUGACACCAACGUUGUCCAAAAUUGCCGAGCACUACGUCGUCCAUGAACAUGUGAAACCAGCACUUCUGAAACGCCUGGAACCCGAUCAAUUUGGGUGUAUUCCAGGAUCCUCCACUGCGCAUGCAUUGAUAAACCUGAUGCACAAUUGGGCGCAAGCAACAGACGGAACGGGGAACACCGUGCGGAUCUUUGCGUUGGACUAUAGAAAAGCCUUCGAUCUGAUAGAUCACAGCCUCUUGCUAUCGAAACUCUCGACCUACAAUAUCAACCCUUACAUCAUUAAUUGGAUAAUAGCCUUUCUUAAAGAUAGGAAACAAAGGGUCAAACUUGCACAUGAUUGUCUCUCAGAGUGGGGAUCGGUCCGAGCAGGAGUACCGCAGGGAACAAAAUUGGGACCGUGGCUAUUCUUGGUUAUGAUAAAUGAUUUGAAAGUACCAUCAGCCAGUGAUUGUAUAAAAUAUGUAGAUGACACGACAGUGUAUGAAAUCAUAAGCAAGGGUGGUCCUAGCAAUGCUCAGUCUAUGAUAAACGAAGUAGCUACCUGGUCAACACUUAACUCGUUUCAACUUCAUCCGAAAAAAUGUAAUGAGCUAAGAGUUUCCUUCGUGCGCACCCCUCCUUCCUACGAUCUCAUAGAAAUUAAUGGCUCUAAGGUUAGCGCCGUUAGUGACGUGAAAUUACUGGGUGUGUAUUUUCAAGACAACCUCAAGUGGAACACUCACGUUACUGAGAUGAUUAAAAAGGCCGCUAAGCGCCUUUUUUUUAACUCAGUUAAAGCGAGCUAAGGUACCAUCACCAGAAUUAGUGAAUUUUUUUAUGUUGCUUGCAUUCAAUCCGUCUUACUUUAUGGAUGUCAGGUCUACCAUUAUAGUCUCCCCGAUUAUUUGAGCUUAAGUUUAGAGCGUGUCCAAAAAGAGAGCCUUGAAAAUUAUAUACGGUUAUGAUAAUCAUUAUAGAGAAGUGCUUCAGAUGGCAGAGCUGAAAACCCUAAGGGAUCGGAGGGAAGACCUUUGCUUAAAAUUCUUUAACAACAUCGUCUCCAAUCCCUUGGAUUGUUUGUACCACUUACUGCCUUUCGACAACCGAGAUCAACUUAUGGAGUUACGACGACGCAGACCAUUUAGAGUUUCCUUUAAAACAAAUCGGUUCAGAGAUACUUUCAUUCCAGCAAGCGCAAGACAUUUUAAUUGACAUCUAUUACAAUUGUAUAUGGGCCCAUAUGUAAAUUAGUUCCCUUUUAGGUUUGAUUUUAUUGUAUAGUUCUAUUAUAUAAUUUGUACACCUUUGUAAUUCAGCUUCCAGCUGCUAUUAAGGUAUUCUUAAUAAACGUCUAUCUAUGUCUAUCUAUCUAUCUAGAGAUGUUGUCAUUCACAAAUACUUCUGAGCCUUUCGUAUUCCUUCCCCAAGGGAAGGCUUUGUCCAAACAGCCAAGCCACAUCUGUUCAUCCAUAUGUUAAAGAAUGAAUCUCUAUGAUAUUUAAUAUUUGAACUUUUAUGAAGAAUUUUUCCCCCAAUGUCAAACAUUGUUAUUUCUUUGGAAAUCAGAGGUCCUUUUAAAGCUUUGUCCGUCAGCAAGUGUUUGUUUUUCUCUGUUAAAGCGAUUCAGUACAAACGUAUGUAUAAACUCGAUUGUGACUGCCUAUUAAUAGCACAGAUCCCUAAAAUCCAUGUGAAUUCCACCUGCCAAACUUUCACGAUUGCGUUUCUUGACAAUCUUCCAUCAAUAUCCAGACAACUGAUGGCCUCGUCGUUCGACUUAAGACUUAAUUCGAAUGGAAUCUUUUAAACCUACUUUUCUAACAUUUUUACCAAAUUGAAAACGAGAGAACCGUAUUUUAUCGAUUAAACGCCUCCGGCGUUUAUUUAAAAAUCAGCAGUUUGGACCCGGCGUUUUUUCGAGGCCGGCGUUCAAUAGGUGUCUGGCGUUAAUCGUGAAAAUACGGUACGCACAUUUAGAAAUUUCCUCACCAAAGUCUUCUUCGGUCAAUUCUCCUCUCCUAUUAUUCUUUUCUCUAUUCUUUCUUUCUUUCUUUUUUUUUCUUUUUUUGCUCGACUCUUCGACCCCCUCUCACGAAUGGCCGUACCGUAGAGAAGGCCUUUGUAUUUUUUAAGUUUUGGUUCAAUUUUCUCAUGCCAUGGUAUGUGUUUAAGAGGGACUUAAGGCUAACGUUUUUAGCCAUUUUCCGUUAUGUUUUAACUGAAAAAAUAAAUUACGGCUAACUUGUUUUGAGACAAACAUCUAUAAUUUGUCAAUUUUUCUGCCUAAUACCUAAUUUUUUUCGUUUUACGGCAAAUGGUUAACCCCACUGAUGACUUCUUCAAACAAGUCACCAACCCUUCAUAUUCAGUUGUUCUUCAUAGCUUCUCUUCAAUUAUCACCCCUCUGGCUGAUUAUUGAUUGUCAACAAGUAUUUUCCUUGUAAAUCACCAUUUGUUUAAAGAAACUGGAAUUGUCUUACGCUGAGAUAUUCCUUAACUGGUAAAAGUACUUCGAGUAAUAGUAAUUCGAGGGCAAAAAGCUGCCAAAGCCGGCAAUUCUUGAGAAAUGCAAAUUGAUGAAAGUUUUCGGACAUUGAAUACAAACAGUGCUCAGAACAGAAAUACAAAAGUGCCUCAAUGUGAUAUUGAUUUCUAUCGUGAUUAAAAAUACCAAGAGCCUUCGAGUAUACUCAAGUAAGCUUGGCAUUACGAAAUUUGCUGGUAAGGUCAGUUAGGGCUGAAUAUUCAUGCGGGCGCCCAUGUUUAACUCAGCAAAACGGUUGGUCAUGAACUCAUCUUUAAUUCUCGGUCGCCUGUCAUUUUAUCGUCGUUGAACAAACCCGCGGCUUAACCUCAGAUUAAGAGGGAGAAAGAUCAGUGAAAGACGGCGAUUACACGAAACAAGAAAUAUGAAAUCAUGCAGUUCUAGGUGCAAUAUCAGCGGCAGAGCGAAGAAACCAGACAGGUUAAGAUCAGGUCGUAUAACGCGAUUCGACCCAGGCCUCCCUCAUCCGUUCCCUACCGUUAAUACCUCAUCGUUUCCUAUUUCCCUUCGUUUACUGAGUAAACGCCUCGAGUAGGCUAACAUCCUUUUCUUAUUGGAAAUUAUCGGCUUUGUGUUUUUUUUUUUAAAUUUACUCAGUGAGUUUAGUUUACCAUCUGAAACGAAACAUCUCGUUAGCCUCUGAAUUUUAAUUUCAUCACUCAUCUUCCCAUUCUUGUUUGUCACAGUGAUUUUCAUGGCAUUGAUUACAGUUCCAUCCUGUUUCAUUGUCGAUUUUGGCGUCCAGAACAGCUUAUAAUACGUGACUAAGCGCAGCAAGUUUCCCGAAAGUGGCCUUCUUUAAGUCUUAUUGGUGGCGGGUAGAAUGACAGCUCUUACUCGCUAAUUAAAUCAGUUAAAUGUCGCAAAUAUUGAUAAAAUUAUGCGUUGUUUUGGAAAAAAAGAGAAUAUUCUUUUGUUGACGUCAAUUGCACGUCGGCACACUGAUAGAUCAUAAGUAUCGACCCAUAAUGUAGCGCGUAUUAUUAAGCUUGUUAUAUAAUCUUAAAUAUUUUUCUAGUCCCAUUUCUUUUCAUUUAGCCUCGUGUGCACAAAAGAAACAAACGUCUAUCACAACUCACUCCUGACUCAACAAGGACCAACAUUCCUGCGUUUCCAAUGACAUUUUAGUGAUCUUAUCGUCAGAUAAGUGCAGGACCCUCACUCAAUCAAAGACAGUGAAGUACCAGUGAUCAUAGCGGACGUCUCUCUCGCAGCACUUCAUGACGCUUGAGCUAGGAUUGGUUAUCAAAUUCACACUAUCCCUUAAAUUUGAUUCCAAUUUUUGUGUAGGGAAAUGUAGCGUAUAUGCGCGAAGUAUUCUAGGGAAAUACAUGAUAAUAGAAAAUGUUAUAGACGAGGAUCUGUUUACAAUUAGAAAUUCCUGUUUCCUUCAAAACCUCUUUUCAGAUUUUUGCAAAAAUGAAGUUCUACACAGCAUGGAUGGUUUUGACUUUUCUUGUCAUCUACCUCUCUGAUUUAACCCAGGGAAAGGAUGAAGGUAUUGAUAUUCUUUGAGUUUCUUCACGAGAUUGUUAUUUGUUUGAUGGUUGGAGAUGAAGUGAGGGGUAAUUUAAGCUUGCAAUAGAUGCGGUGGCCAGCGCUCUCGAAUCCGAACGAAUGUUCCUGGUUUGAACCCUCUGUCGCUAUUAUCUUUUUGCCGACUGCUUUUCUUCUUUUUUUUUCUUUGUGUUUGACAGGGAUUCUAUUUUCAUUGCGCUUCUGUGCAACCAGGCCCUGGCAUUUACGUGGACAAGUUAUGAAGUGGGACGGUAGGUUCACGUGCAGACCUUCCCUAACCUAUCCACAGUGUAACUGGUUGGACAGGUGGAGGGGAACUUAAAAGAUGGAAAAAAAGGGAUUUGGCAAAUCACAAUUGCUCAUUUUUUAGAGGGAAUAGGAUAGGGUUUUCAUGGAGAAAAUAACAAAGGUUGAUAAAAUUCGACAACCGACCUUUGAAGGCGAAGUGAAUACUGUGGACAUAAAUUAUCUGCGCUUGAAUCUGUAUCAGAGCGUUUAUUCACUUUGCCAACCUCUUCUUCAAUUACAUUGAGAGGCAUUCUUGAUUAAGAUCAGAGUUUUACUAUUGUAACCAGCGCAAAGGAAACCGCAAAGGAAGAUUAUAAUGAGAUAUGACACAAUCUUCAACAAGUAAGAGAGUGCGCACAAGCACGAUUAAAUUUGAGUACACAGUACUAAUAGUGCUAAUAAUGUUAUUCAACGAAUUUCUCUCAGCUCACUGGCAAAAGAUGAACACCUCACCAGUCUGCUUUGGCGCUAAGAAUAACAAGUUUGGCAAGUUCCGUGCUCCAUAUGGCGGAAAACUAGCAGCUGUAAAACUGGUUUAUCUGCAUGGCUACGUCACCUGCGCCGUAAAUUCGCCGACCCCCCUGUGGUCCUAUUGGGGCUGCGGUAACAAGCCUUCUGUCAUAAACCACGUCAAUGUUGUCAUUACAACAUCAUCCAAUAGCAUCAUUUUACCACCGAGACAGUUCUUUACUCUUGGAAGAGGGAAGUGGUCGGAGAUUCCUGGAUACAACUCGUUUUCCCCCGAGAUCAUUUUGUCUUUCAUCUCUGGCAGUCACUCAGUCCAUGCGGGUGAACAUCUACGUUUGUGGUACGGAGAAGAUCACUUGAACUGGACGGAAGGCGACAACGAUGGGCGAGUCUGUUGCGAUGUUUACGCCCUCUACGUCGAGUAUUCAUAUUAG